GACACCCUAUUAGUCCGCCCCUUUUACUCAUGUGCUUCACAGUUUUCAGCCCUCUGCUCAUAUCAUUUCGCAAAUCUGCUCCUCGUCUACGCUUUAUCUGCUUGUUCUCUUUGUCAUCUGCUUGUUCGUAGUUCUUCAAUUCUCGAGACUCAGGAUGUCUGAAACACCCUUUAGGCCAAGAGAGAAGCUUCUUGAGAGGCAAAAGUUUUUCCAGAGCAUCCAUAAACAUACAUAUCUGAAAGGACCAAUGGAUAAGAUCACCUCGGUCGCCAUUCCUUUGGCUUUAGCAGGAUCCUCUUUGUUUCUUAUUGGGAGAGGGAUCUAUAACAUGUCUCAUGGGAUUGGGAAGAAGGAAUGAGGAGAGUCCUUCCUUCCAGUAAGAAUCCAUAUGGAAGCUCCAAUUUAGCUUAUGAUCUGGGAGACUAUGGUUUUUGUUCAUUGAAUAUCUACAUUUCCGAUGCUAAUAAUUUCUGAAUGCAGACAAUUCGACUCGCUGAUUUAUUUUCUCUGUCAAUGAUAUCAUUGCAUUUUCCAGAGUUGUUUAGUUUCCCUGGAGUGAGGAUGAAACUUGAUAAAAUUGUUUUUAACAUUAUGUUUGUCCUUUGAUAUUGGAAUAGAAUAAUUGAACUGGAUCAUGAGAAAUCAUAUGCUCCACAUUGGCUUGUUUUUGGCCAAAGCUGUUGUAUUUGAUCUCACAAGCCCAGCUAUUCAAG